CCAGAUGCACCCACUGGGCCUGUGUAAUAACAAUGAUGAAGAGGACCUGUAUGAAUAUGGCUGGGUAGGAGUGGUGAAGCUGGAACAGCCAGAAUUGGACCCGAAACCAUGCCUCACUGUCCUAGGCAAGGCCAAGCGAGCCGUGCAAAGGGGAGCCACAGCAGUCAUCUUUGAUGUGUCUGAAAACCCAGAAGCCAUUGACCAGCUAAACCAGGGCUCAGAAGACCCACUCAAGAGGCCAGUGGUGUAUGUGAAGGGCGCAGACGCCAUUAAGCUGAUGAACAUUGUCAACAAGCAGAAAGUGGCUCGAGCAAGGAUCCAGCACCGCGCCCCUCGACAACCUACUGAGUACUUUGACAUGGGAAUUUUCCUGGCUUUCUUCGUGGUGGUCUCCUUGGUCUGUCUUAUCCUCCUUGUCAAAAUCAAGCUGAAGCAGCGGCGCAGUCAGAACUCCAUGAACAGGCUGGCUGUGCAAGCUCUGGAGAAGAUGGAAACCAGAAAAUUCAACUCAAAGAGCAAGGGGCGCCGGGAGGAGAGCUGUGGGGCCCUGGACACGCUGAGCAGCAGCUCCACGUCUGACUGUGCCAUCUGCCUGGAGAAAUACAUCGAUGGAGAGGAGCUGCGCGUCAUCCCCUGUACUCACCGCUUUCACAGGAAGUGUGUGGACCCAUGGCUGCUGCAGCACCACACCUGCCCCCACUGUCGGCACAACAUCAUAGAGCAAAAGGGAAACCCGGGGGCCCUGUGUGUGGAGACGAGCAACCUGGCCCGCAGCCGGCAGCCGAGGGUCACCUUGCCGGUACACUACCCCGGCCGCGUGCACAGGACCAACGCCAUCCCAGCCUACCCUACGAGGACAAGCAUGGACGCGCACGGGAACCCUGUGACGCUGCUGACCAUGGACCGGCACGCGGAGCAGAGCCUCUACUCCCCGCAGACCCCUGCUUAUGUCCGUGGCUACCCACCCCUGCACCUGGACCACACCCUGGCCACUCACCGGUGCGGCCUGGAGCACCGGGCCUACUCGCCGGCCCACCCCUUCCGCAGGCCCAAGUUCAAUGGCCGCAGCUUCUCCAAGGCAGCUUGCUUCUCCCAAUACGAGACCAUGUACCAACACUACUACUUCCAGGGCCUCAGCUACCCAGAUCAGGAGGGCCAGCCCCCACCCAGCCUCGCGCCCAGGGGCCCGGCCCGGCCCUUCCCACCAAGCGGCGGCAGCGGCGGCCUGCUCUUCCCCACCGUGGUGCACAUGGCCCCGGCCGCUCACCUGGAGAGUGGCAGCACGUCCAGCUUCAGCUGCUACCACGGCCACCGCUCCGUGUGCAGCGGCUACCUGGCUGACUGCCCGGGCAGCGACAGCAGCAGCAGCAGCAGCUCGGGCCAGUGCCACUGCUCAUCCAGUGACUCCGUGGUGGACUGCACCGAGGUGAGCAACCAGGGCGUGUACGGCAGCUGCUCCACCUUCCGCAGCUCCCUCAGCAGCGACUACGACCCCUUCAUCUACCGCAGCCGGAGCCCCUGUCACACCAGUGAGGCGGGGGGCUCAGGCCGAGGGCCUGCUGUGCACCUUGAGGGCUCCCCCCCACCUGAGGAACUCCAGGUGGUCCCUGGCCACAGCGCUGGGCAGGGCGAGCUGUGGCCCGGCCCGGCCUCUCCCUCGGGGGACCAGCUGUCCACCUGCAGCCUGGAGAUGAACUACAGCAGCAACUCCUCACUGGAGCACCGGGGGCCCAAUAGCUCUACCUCAGAAGUGGGGCUGGAGGCUUCUCCUGGGGCCGCUCUGGAACUCAGGAGGACCUGGAAGGGGGGCUGGGAGGGGUCAUCGUGUGCCUGCUGCUGUGAGCCUCAGUCCUCUCCACUGGGGCCCGGGGCAGGGACAGCUGGGGGUGGCAGCCCCUUGUUCCUGGGCUCCCCACUCCAUGAUGGCUGCGGCCUCGCGGGUGGGGACGUGCAACCAGGGAGCUCGCAGGGCCUGUAUAGCCUGCACGCUGACCAUUUGCCCAGGACAGGCGAGGUGCAGUACGAGGGCCUGCCCUGCUGCUUCUAUGAAGAGAAGCAGGUGGCCCGUGGCGGGGGCGGGGACUACGCGGUGAGUGUGCAGUACACCCUGGCGGAGGAACCCCCACCCAGCUGCUACCCAGAGGCCCAGGACCUGAGCCAGCGCAUCCCCAUCAUUCCUGAGGAUGUAGGCUGCGACAUGGGCCUGUCCCCAGACUGUCAGGGGACCCACAGCCUUGGCCCCUGGAGCGGGGUGCUGGGCCUGGACACCCCACGGCGCUACACCCAGGAAGAGGAGCGGGCUCCAUGCUACCAGGCCGAGGUGCUGCUGCAGCCUGGCUGCCCACCAGAGGAGGCUGGCGCCCCCAGGCCCAGGCUCGCCAGUGCCACCCCAGACACUCAGGAGUCCAGCGCCUUGGCCACUGAGGCUGCAGGACCAGGGUCUCGCCCUGGCAGCGGCAGCAGCAGCACAAGGGCCUGAGCUUAGAAGAGACUCUUAACCUGGAAAUUGGGAACUGUAUGGAGACUCCAAACUGACUUCACUCAAGAAAAACAAAAAACAAAACUUUUUUUUUUUUAGCUUUGAUAAACACAUAAAAAGUGGUAAUAAAGAGCCCUCCUCAACCCAAAAUGUGAGCCACCUGUGGCAGACCCUCCUCCCUCCCUGGCCCAUGAAUAACCCAACAGACAAACUCUCCACAGCCCUUCCCCUCUUCUGAUAACCUGUUACUCUUCUGUUUUGUAAAGUGUGUGCUUGGGGUUCCGAGGUGUGUGGGAUUGAGUUCUCUGCUUGUUUGUUGUUUUGUUUAAGAUAUUAUAUGUAAAUGUAAAAAGUUAUUUAAAUAUAUAUAUAUUUUAAAAGAACCCUAACCACCAACUUUUGCUGAAAAAGAGAAAAAAAAUCACUGCUGCAUUAAAUGAACCACGUCAUGUGUAGAUACUGUGGUCUCCCAGGAGGGAGCUCAGGCCUUUGAAAUGCUCAGGGCUACACCUGCCUUAGAAAUGAACCAGAAACUUGAAGUCAAGCUAGCUUAUAUGGGUACAAACCGAGGAGUGACGCAAAGCUGCCUCUCCUCCUCGUGGCAAGUCCAAACAUCCCAAACAGAAGCCAGACCUCUCCAGCCUUUAGACGUGGAUGGAAAUGGCUAGGAGCAAGCCGAGUCUGCGGUUCCGGGGGAGCCCACGUGACCCAUCUGCCCAGUAUCCUCAACCUGUCCAUUUGGACCAUCAUUCCAAGUCAAUGCCACAAGAGCUCACAGUCCUGUCUCGGCAGUGGUCCAAAUCCUAGCAAGGGCAGUCAGUGUUCCUGGGUUUCUUUACUCUGGCUCCUUGGACAAGGAAAACGAAGCUCUUUCAUCUCUAGUCCCCACUUUGGAGUCCUUUGCAAAAAUAUGAAGGGCUUUCCUGCCUCUGGCUGCGGGAAUGGCUGGGCACAGGGCGUGCGGAGCCGACACCCAGGAGGAAUGUAGUUUUGUGGCCUGGUGUCUGAUGAGGCUGGGAAGAGGUCUCUGCUCACCCAGCAGCACCCCACCCUUUGGAGGAGGGACAGAGAGGCCUGGGGUGCAUGUGCCUGUGUGGGGGUAGCCCUACCCCUCUGCUGCUGCUUCCUGGGGCUGCCUUCCUGGGGCCACAUGCUGGGGACCCCCACCCCGGGGGGUGCACUGAGCUUAGUUCAAUGAUACAUCUCCCAUCCCUUUUCUUCACAGAAGCACGCGUCAGGGUUGUUCAGCCUCAGAGCUGAAAUUGCUCAUCUCACCUGCAAACGUCUACUAUCCGUCUGCCUAAUGCACUAUUAUGUAUUGAUUUUCCAUGAGACAAGAGAGACUAUCAGAUAGUUUAGACCCAAAGGGUAGGUGUUUAUGUAUUUUUCCAGCUUUUUUUUUUUAAUAAGGGGAAGGGAAAGUUUUAAAAAAUGCAAACAAAUCUUUUUUGGUGUUUUUCAUGUUUCAUUUCUAAAAGGGAGAGAGAAUCUAUUUAAAACUAUUUCAGAUCAGGGAUUGUCAUCCUUCUUGUCCAAUGUAGCCCUUAUUCUUUUAUUCAUUCAUAUCUAUAUAUGAUAUAUAGAUAUAUCAUAUAUAUUUUAUAGGACACAAUCAGAUUAGCCCUUGUAUUUGCUUUUUCUGGUCACUUUUAUUCAUUUACCAGGUAUUUGUUGUCAUCUGAAAGAAUUGGGGCUCAUGGCUCUUCACAGCUCUUUUAUAGAAUAGGAUCCUUCGGGCCUGACUGUCUGUACAUGGAAAAUAGGGUCUGGAGACUGCUGACCCCUCUUCCAGUCUGGCUCACAGGAAGUCACCCAGAGUGUUUGAAGAGAGAAUCUCACUGUAUGAGAUGUCCCAGCCUAUGACAAGGCAAUUUGCUUAUUUCUAACCAGCAUUUAAUACAAAGAAAUACCAGCAUCAAAUGAUCCAGCCAUUUGCCAUUUAGGAAGUCUCUGUGGUGGCAUUCAUACAGUCCCAUUUGUGCUGCCUUUCCAGGCUGCACCUGACAAACCUGUUGGUUGAGUGUGAGAAGCAUCUCAGCUGUUGGCAGCCUCUGCUACUAGGGAUAACAGCUUGCAUUACUAUAGGAAAUGGGGAGGAUAUGGCUGUGUGUGUGUGUGUGUGUGUG